AUGAAGCUGACCUUCAAGCAAUUCAACGUCAAAUGUGUGCUGAAGAAAGAGAAAAAAAGGAAGUAUGUUCUUCAACAAAAGAGAAACAAUAGAGGUUGUCAUCCUGCAUCAACAUCUGAUUCUGUUGAAAGGAUUCCAUUUUCAAAUACUUCAAGUGGUUCAACCAACAAUGUCGAAAGAAGGAAUCUCCAUCACACUCCUUUUGGAAGUACUAAGCAAAUAUCUAAUUUUGUUGAGAGGACUCCAUUAUCAGAUAUUACAAAUUGUGGAAUAUCUAAAAUUGAAUUACAAAUGAGUGAUGAGAUGUUACCAGAUUCUGUGAUUAAGAAGAUUCAUGGAUUUUCUAAAGAUUAUAUUAAUCAUGGAGAUGCCAUCUUUGUGUGUUCUAAAUGUGAUGCAAUGUUAUGGGAAGAUAAAAUGCUUAGGGGAAAUAAAAAACGUAACAAAACAUCCUAUUCUCUUUGUUGUUCAAAUGGAGAUGUUGAGCUACCAUGCCCGCCUACACCUCCUCCAUUACUACGUCAUUUAUAUAAAAGUCAUACCUCACAGUCUCGCAAUUUCAUGGAUAAUAUUCGAGCAUAUAACAUGAUGUUUUCCUUCACAUCUCUUGGUGGGAAGGUUGACAAAAGUUAUCAAAGAGGUAAAGGUCCUUAUGUAUUUAGACUACAAGGUCAGAAUUAUCAUCGAAUGGGUAGUCUACUUCCGGACGAUGGGGAAGAACCUAAAUUCUCCCAGCUUUACAUAUAUGAUUCACAAAAUGAAGUUGUAAAUCGUCAAAAAGCAGUAAGUUCUCAGAUAGAAUGCAAAACUACAAGAAACAACCAUCUUGAUAGUAAAACCAUAGAGGGUCUUAAAGAUAUGUUGGAUUCUUGCAAUCCUCUUGUCCAAUCCUUCAGAAUGGUAAGAGAUUGUUUUCAAGAAAAUGAGUUUCAAGAUGUAAGCUUGAAGCUUAUUGGAACAAGAGAUAAGGAUGGAAGAUUUCACAAUUUGCCAACAGCAUCAGAAAUUGUUGCGUUAAUACAUGGUGAUUUUGAUAGAGCAUUUGAUAAAUGGGACAUUGUUGUUAGAAAGAAGUCUGGUGGUCUUCAAAGAAUUAAUGAGCUUCAUCCCUCUUACCUUGCUUUGCAAUAUCCACUUAUUUUCCCAUAUGCGGAAGAUGGUUAUAGAGUUGGUAUUAAACAUAGAGGGAUUGCGAUUGAUGAUGAGGUACUUAGAACCAAUCUUACAUUUAGAGAAUUCUUUUGUUACAAAAUUCAAGAUAGACAGAAUCAGUUUUCAUUGUUAGUUAAUGCGAAAAAACUAUUUCAGCAGUUUCUGGUUGAUGGAUACACGAUGAUAGAAUCUGCCAGGUUGAAUUAUAUAAGGACACAACAACCUAAACUUAGAGUGCAGAAUCUUAAGAACUUGAAUGCUACUGUUGAAAGUGGAGAGAAUAAUGCCUUAAGUUGUGGUAAACCUAUACUUUUACCUUCAUCAUUUACUGGUGGUUCUAGAUAUAUGAUGCAAAAGUACUUGGAUGCUAUGGCAAUUUGCAAGUCUGUUGGAUAUCCUGAUUUAUUCAUAACGGUGACUUGUAAUCCAAACUGGCCUGAGAUUUACAGGUGUUUGCACGAUAAAGCUCUUAAUGCUGAAGACAGACUGGAUAUUAUCUCUAGAUUAUUCAAGUGUAAAUUGGAUCAUCUUAUAAAAGAUUUCAAGAAACAUAAAUUCUUUGGUGAUAUACAAGCAGCCCACUGUUCAAAAAUUUCAGUUAUGUAUACAGUGGAAUUUCAGAAGCGUGGUCUCCCACAUGCUCACAUAUGUUUGUUCUUGGGUGCUGAAAGCAAAUUUCCAAAUGCAUCUGAUAUUGAUCGUGUUAUUACUUCUGAGAUACCAGAUAAAGAAAGAGAUCCUGAAUUAUAUGAGUUUGCCAAGCAAUUUAUGAUUCAUGGACCAUGUGGUACAGACAACCCACUUUGUCCAUGUAUGGUUCAUCAAAAAUGUUCUAAAAAGUUUCCCAAAAAAUAUAUAGAUGAGACUUGUGUUGAUUCUGAAGAAUAUCCUGUCUAUCAUCGCCGUCAAACAAGUAAUACAGUAGUAAAGAAUGGUGUGACACUUGAUAAUAGAUUUGUAGUUCCUUACAAUGCUCUCCUGCUCAGAAAGUAUCAGUGCCACGUUAACGUUGAAUGGUGUAACCAGUCAGGUUCUAUCAAAUAUUUGUUUAAAUAUAUUAAUAAGGGGCCUGAUAGAGUCACUGCUUCUGUUUUUCAUGCCAAUAGCACCAAGAAUAAUACGGAACAGAAUGUAGCUGUAGAUGAGAUAAAAGCAUACCUUGAUUGUAGAUAUAUCUCUGCUUGUGAAGCUGCUUGGAGAAUAUUCAUGUAUGAUAUACAUUAUAGAUAUCCAGCUGUUGAAGUAUUACCUUUUCAUUGUGAAGAUGGUCAGAGUAUUGUGUAUAACGAUCAUGAUAAUUUGUGUGAUAUUGUUACUGAUCCAACUGUGAAAAUGACAAUGUUUACAGAGUGGAUGAAUUGUAAUAAAGUCGAUGAAUUUUCCAGGACACUGAGGUAUGUUCAGUUUUCGGGAUAUUAUGUAUGGAAUGCUAAAAAUCGCAAAUGGAAUCGAAGAAAGCAUCCGUAUAGAUCAAUUGGGAGGGUACAUUAUGUCCCACCAUCACUUGGUGAUUGUUAUUACCUAAGGAUUUUACUGAAUCAUAUUAAGGGACCAACCUGUUUUGAAGAUAUAAAAACAGUUGAUGGGCAGGUUUUUCAAAUAUUUAAAGAUGCAUGUUUUGCACGGGGGCUGUUGGAUGAUGAUAAAGAAUAUGUUAAUGCUGUCAAAGAAGCUAGCACGUGGUCAACCAAAGAUUUCUUGAGGACCUUUUUUGUAAUGUUGUUGCUGUCAAAUUCGAUAUCUCGUCCUGGUGUUUUUUGGUCAGAAACGAAGUCCCUGUUAUGUGAAGGCAUUCUGUAUCAGCAACGAAAGAUAACUGGUAUUGCAGAUUUGGAUCUUCAACAAGAAAAACUUGAAAAUAUAUGUCUAUCUGAAAUUGAAAAGUUGCUACUUACCAAUGGAAGUACAGUGAGAAAUUUUAAUGAUAUGCCAAGUGUUCCGGACAAUUAUGUUUCAUCGUCGAACAAUCGAUUGAUAAUGAAAGAAUUAUCGUAUGACAGACUAGCUCUUCAAAGGGAACAUGAUCGUUAUGUAAAGUGUUUAACUGCCAAACAGGAAAGGAUAUAUAAAAUUGUUAUGGAAGCGAUUGAAAAAGGUGAUGGAGGUGUGUUUUUUGUAUAUGGUUAUGGUGGAACUGGAAAGACGUUUCUUUGGAAGACAUUCUUAGCUGCAUUACGAUCAAAAGGUGAAGUUGUAUUGAAUGUUGCAUCCAGUGGAAUUGCUUCACUUUUGCUGAAUGGUGGUAGAACGGCUCAUACAAGGAUUGUAAUUCCAAUCAACAUUAAUGAGAAUUCAAUAUGUUCGAUAGAGCCUAAUACUAAGUUAGGUGAUUUUAUUAAAAGAGUAACAUUGAUUAUUUGGUAUGAAGCACCUAUGACUCACAAGCAUUGUUUCGAGGCUCUUGAUAGAACAAUGAGAGACAUAUCACGUUCCAGUCAACCGAACAUGCAAUCGAAGCCGUUUGGGGGAAAGGUCAUUCUAUUUGGUGGUGAUUUUAGACAAAUUCUUUCGAUCAUCCCUAAAGGUACCAGAACAAUGAUAGUCAAUGCCUCUUUGAAUUCUUCUUAUAUAUGGCGGCACUGUCAAGUACUAAAGCUAACUGAGAAUAUGAGAUUAAGAGUUGGUUGUCAGGAAGCAGAUUUGAAAGAAAUAAAGGAAUUUGGAGAAUGGAUUUUAAAGCUUGGUGAUGGUCUGCUUGGUGAAGAAAAUGAUGGUGAGAUUGAUAUUGAAAUACCAGAUGAUUUACUUAUUCAUGACCAAGUCAAUCCUAUUUCUUCUCUCAUUUCAUUUAUAUAUCCGGACAUGAAUAAUUUUUUGUGGGAUGUAAUGUAUUUCCAACAAAGAGCGAUUCUUGCUCCAACUAAUGAAGUAGUGGAUUCAAUAAAUAAAGAGUUGUUAGAGAGUCUGCCCGGUGAAGAAAAGGUUUAUUUUAGUUCAGAUAGUUUAUGA